UCCAUGUGGAGGACGAAGCGGAGCACGGUGGACGGCUACUUCCUGGCAGGGAAGAACAUGUCAUGGUGGCCGGUGGGGGCCUCGUUGUUCGCCAGUAACAUCGGCAGCGGACACUUGAUCGGCCUGGCCGGCUCAGGAGCUGCGGCGGGAAUCGGGGCGAUCGCGUAUGAGUGGAAUGGAAUGUUUAUGGUGCUGCUGCUGGGGUGGAUCUUCCUGCCCAUUUACCUGGCAUCUGGGGUGACAACCAUGCCGGAGUAUUUGCAGAGACGAUUCGGCGGGAGAAGAACGCAGUUGUUUAUAGCGGUUUUGUCGUUGUUUAUUUACAUUUUCACCAAGAUAUCGGUGGACAUGUAUGCUGGGGCUUUGUUUAUUCAGCUGGCUCUGCAGUGGAACAUCUACCUGGCUGUGGUGCUCCUCCUGUCCGUCACUGCUCUCUACACUGUAGCAGGUGGUCUGGCUACAGUCAUCUACACCGACGCCGCUCAGACCGCCAUCAUGCUAGCAGGAGCGUUGAUCCUCUCGGCGUUUAGUUUUGUCGAGGUGGGAGGCUGGAACGCUCUGAUGGAGGGUUACCGCCACGCCAUCCCCUCAGUCCGCGUGGCCAACUCCACGUGCGGCAUCCCUCGAGAGGACGCCUUUCAUAUAUUCAGAGACCCCGUGAACUCUGACCUCCCGUGGCCCGGUGUUAUCGUGGGAAUGUCUAUUCCUUCCAUGUGGUACUGGUGCUCCGAUCAGGUGAUUGUGCAGCGCUCAUUAGCAGCCAGGACACUGACUCAUGCAAAAGGCGGCUCCCUAUUGGCUGCCUACCUCAAGAUCUGGCCUUUCUUUGCUAUCAUGUUGCCCGGAAUGAUCAGCAGGAUACUUUAUACAGAUGAUGUAGCAUGUGCAGUUCCGGAGUUGUGUCAGCAGAUCUGCGGUAAUCCAGUAGGAUGCACAGACACCGCCUAUGCUCGACUGGUCAUGGAGCUGCUCCCCGCAGGCCUGCGAGGGCUGAUGAUGGCAGUGAUCAUCGCCGCGCUCGUCUCCUCGCUCACCUCCGUGUUUAACAGUGCUAGCACCAUUUUCACCAUGGACCUGUGGAAGACCUUCCGAUCCGCCGCGUCAGAGUGGGAGCUCAUGAUCGUGGGCAGGGUGUUUGUGUUGGUGCUGGUGGUGGCGUCCAUUCUGUGGAUUCCCGUCAUUCAAGCCAGUCAGGGUGGUCAGCUCUUCAUCUACAUUCAGUCCAUCAGCACCUACCUGCAGCCCCCCGUCUCCAUCAUCUUCCUCCUGGGCUGCUUUUGGAGGAGGACCAAUGAGAAGGGUGCAUUCUGGGGCCUGGUUGUGGGCCUUACAGUGGGCUGCAUCCGUAUGCUGCUGGACUUCAUCUACCCGUCCCCGUUGUGCUACGAGGAGGACGACAGGCCCGUUGUGAUCAAAUAUGUGCAUUACCUCUACUUCUCCAUGUUGCUGUCCAUCAUCACGCUGGUAGUGGUGGUGGGAGUCAGUCUGGCCACGGAGGAACCCACAGCAGAGCAGAUUAAUAAUCUGACUUGGUUCACACGAUUCGCCCGCGUGGAGCCCAAAGAUCUAAACUUGGAGGUCACGGCUCAGACGGUUGCGGUUCCAAGAAGCCAAGAUGAGAGCAGCAAGAGAGAAGAUUCAACACGGUCCAGUCUGAGAAGUCAAUCCAGGCUGGUGUCAGCCCUCUACUGGCUGUGUGGCAUGGAGAGAAGAAUGAAGGAAGGGCAGAAGAGUCCCGAGAUGCCGGCAGAACCCCAAUGUAACAAACUGGAAGAAAAUCCACGUCUGCGGCAGAUUGUCAACGCCAACCUGAUCGUCUGUCUCUCUGUGGCUGCUUUUUUCAUUGGCUACUGGGCCUGACCUGACUAGACUUCCUCAGGGACACAAGGAACCUACAAGGUUGUGUACAUUUUUCACCCAAUCAUGUUCUCUGAUCUAAAAGGACAGACAUACUUCCUCCUUGCUAUGUUUUACAUGUUCAAUACACUUUUUCAAUACUUAUGAGCACAACAUUAUUGUUAAUAGAAUGAUGUGUCAAAUCUGACAGUUCUCUUCUCUUAAAACAGUUGUCUUUAUGAUUAAAUGUCUGCUCAACUCCAGAGGGUACCAGGCAUCAA